AUGAUUAGAGAGAAGAUGGAGAAAUGGGUACUAAUUGAAGAAAGUGUAGUAAAGCAAAAAUCCAGGAAUCAGUGGCUGCAACUAGGGGACGACAAUUCAUCCUACUUUCUUGCAACCAUGAAAAGCAGAAUGACACAAAAUAAUAUCAGAACCCUAGUAGAUGAUCGAGGUAAUCUGAUAGAAAGGGAAAAUGAUAUACAGGAGCAAAUUCUUGGGUACUACAAACAAAUCCUAGGAGAAGCUGCUACUGCACUACCUGCAAUCAAUCCACAAGUCAUGAAAGAUGGCCAGUGCUUGACCAGAAAAAUGCAAUUAAAGCUGAUUAAACCAGUAUCCGAAUUGGAGGUAAGGAAUGCACUCAAUGAUAUAGAUGACAACAAGGCUCCAGGAUAUGACGGAUUUAAUGCUAUAUUUUUCAAGAAAGCCUGGAAUACCAUAAGGACAGAGAUAACAGAGGUAGUGAUAUAA